CCAGAAUCAUUUUCUUCCCAAACUGAAGAAACGACGGAAUCAGACUCGACCUUCAGAAAACUCCAUCUACUGUAUCAUAUGCAGCAUCCGAAAACGGUGAUAACGCAUCGUUGUUCAGGAUUGGAACAUCAGGCCCUUUAACCGUAAAGAACAACCUCCCUUCUCGCUGAUUUGAGUAUGUUCCAUUUGGUCGACAAAUCUUUCAAGGGCAGGAAAGAAAAACGAGAGUCUGCCUCAUCUUCCGCCACGGCCAUGCUGAUCAACAAAUUAAAUCUUCCUUCAUUCUCCCAAUUCGAACUGUUCGAUGAUGAUAUUCGUAAAUUGAUCCUCUCUUUUGUUGCGGAGGCGCCCUAUCAAAGAAAAAUCGGAGAGUACCACCAAGGUACGCUGACGUCUACAAUACCUCUUGUGAACAAGGAAUUCAACUCUUUUGCGGUGCUCGAUUAUUUUUGGCAACCCAUUCUGAGGAAACAGCUCGACCAUAAAUAUCACGGUGUUCUGUGGAGGGAAGGUCUUCGACGACUUCUUCCGUUGGACGAAGAUGUUGACGACGAAGAAUUGCUGAAUCUGGAGAAAACAAUCCGAACUAUAAGCGCACAUUUUGGCAAUACAAGGAUGGGUUGUAGAGAUAUCUACAGGAGGGUAUUGACGAGCCAUAUUUAUUUUGAUGCCCCGGUCUUUAUAAUGCCUUGUCAAGUACAAAUGGGUGAGAUAUAUGGUCUCCAUUUGUUUGAGCCUCGAUACCGUAUAAUGGUUCACGAGUUGAUGAUGGGAUGCGAGAACCCUGUGGAAGCUUCCAGUGGUGGAAAAAUUCGGUUCGGGAGACAGAAUGGUGUAGUAGCCCCACCAUUUUUGAUUCACGCAUGUUUGGGCAGGGUCGCUCCGGGGGAACUGGCGGUUUUGGUUCAGCUGGUAUGGUGUCACACCUACGAACGCGGAACAGCCGACGUUCGAUUGCUUCCUGUUUCUUGGGUAAGGCUCGAUCGGAUUUGGUUGCGAAGGAAUGCCCAUAAUCUCUUUUAUGCGAAGGCCUGGAGGUUGCCCCCUCAAUCAUUUGGUUCCUAGUUUGCUGUAUCUGCAAACACGCACGCACCGAAGUAUGCCGAAACACUGGAUUGCACAUACAGAAAUCGACAAGACUUGUAUAUUAAUUCUUAAGAAAUGGUUAGAACUACU